UUCACUAACUAUUCGCCAGGAGGCGCCACCGUGCUCGGAAUUACUGCAUUGUUUUUUAUCAACUCGCCAGAAAUUACGCUAUCCCCGAAAAACCGCAAAAACGCGAGUGUUUAUGUUUCGUUCUUAAGUGCAUAUCAUAGAUUAGAAGAUUAGGUAGCUCCGCUGGCUCCCCGCAGUCCGAGAAACACGCGCUAUUCCGCCACCCACGCACUCUUUUGUUUUCGACCCCUCACUGCGCCCGUAGAUUUCCCCAAAAAAGAAAAAGAAGAAAACACAACGGCAUCGGAAAACGCAAUUAAGUCCUGUAUCGAUUUCACCGGCUGCAAACUGAAUCCUCCAGGGUACGGCCAAUACGGAUAAUGGAGGUUUCGGCCGAUCCCUACGAGCAGAAGCUCUAUCAAAUGUUUCGCAGUUGUGAGACGCAAUGUGGGCUUCUGGACGAGAAAUCUCUGCUGAAACUGUGCUCCUUGCUGGAGCUCCGGGAUCAAGGAUCCGCACUGAUCGCCAGCUUGGGCGGCAGCCAUCAACUGGGCGUGUCCUUUGGGCAGUUCAAGGAGGCGCUGCUCAACUUUCUCGGCUCCGAAUUCGACGGCACGACGUCAUCGGGAUUUAUGGAGCGUUCGCUGGUGAUCACAGAUGAGCCCUUGGCCGGCACAUACAUCGAAAGUCCGCCGGAGUCCUCCGAUCGCGAGGUGUCACCCAAACUCAUUGUGGGCACCAAGAAGUACGGACGGAGGUCCCGGCCGCAUCAGGGAAUCUACGAGUUGUCCGUCACGGACUCGGACAACACGGACGAGGAUCAGCUGCAGCAGCAGAAGCAGCGGAGUCUCAAUGGGUGCGACGAGCUGGGAGUUCAGGUGCAGCGUUCUUCAUCCCAGAGCGAUCUUCCUGGCAGUCGGCGUCUUCGAUCCGUCCACACCAGCGGCAGCAAACUGAAGCGAUGUGCCUCGCUGCCGGCGCGCAGGAAUCUGCACUCGAAGAUGCACAACACCUCCACGGGAGUGCCCAACUCGCCAACGGCUGCCCUGAAGCUCAAGCAGCUGUCCAUCCAGAGCCAAGCGCAGCACAGCAGCAGUGUGGAAUCCCUGGACAUCGUGACGCCCCAGCAGCUGGAGACGAUCUCUGUGCACAGCAUCAUCGAUGCGUGGGAGCUGGCCGGCAUUCCCAACUGCCGAAACCUGCUGCACAUCCUGGGCUUCGACGAGGAGGAGGAGGUGAGCCUGCAGCAGCUGACCAAGGCGAUGGAGGAGGAAAUGCGGGCCCUCGAAACCGAUCAGGAGCAAACGAAUAUGCUGCGUGCAAUGGCUGCCCUGCAGGCCACCGAGUUGGGUAACUACCGACUGGCCUACAGGCAGCAGCACGAGGAGAACCUGAAGCUGAGAGCUGAUAAUAAGGCGGCCAACCAGAGGGUGGCCAUGAUGGCCAUGGAGGUGGACGAGCGGCACGCCUCGCUGGAGGACAACUCCAAGAAGCAGGUGCAGCAGCUGGAGCAGCGACACGCCAGCAUGGUGAGGGAGAUCACGCUGCGGAUGACCAACGAUCGCGAUCAUUGGACCAGCGUGACCAGCAAGUUGGAGGCGCAAUUAAAGUCCCUGGAACAGGAGGAGAUCCGCCUUAAAACAGAACUCGAACUUGUGAGAACAGAGAACUCCGAAUUGGAAUCGGAGCAGCAGAAGGCGCACAUUCAACUCACCGAGCUGCUCGAGCAGAACAUCAAGCUCAACCAGGAGUUGGCCCAACGCCCAACCAGCAUCAGUGGCACUCCCGAGCACAGUCCUCUGCGGCCGCGGAGGCACAGCGAGGACAAGGAGGAGGAGAUGCUCCAGAUGAUGGAGAAGCUGGCCGCCCUGCAAAUGGAGAACGCCCAGCUGCGCGACAAGACUGACGAACUGACCAUUGAAAUAGAGAGCUUAAAUGUGGAACUGAUGCGCUCGAAAACCAAGGGCAAGAAGCAGGAGAAACAGGAGGAGCAGGAGGCGGCGGCCACGGCGACCAAGAGGCGCGGCGAUUCCCCCAGCAAAACGCAUCUCACGGAGGAGAGUCCGCGCUUGGGAAAGCAGCGCAAGUGCACCGAAGGCGAGCAGAGUGAUGCGAGUAACAGCGGCGAUUGGUUGGCCUUGAACUCCGAGCUGCAAAGAAGUCAAAGUCAGGAUGAGGAGAUGGCAAACCUGAAGCUCCGCGUGGCUGAACUGGAGACGGAACUGAAGGCCAGCAAGGAGAGCAGAUCUCUUACGCCAGAAGGCCGCGCCAAGGAAUUGGAAGCCAGUCUCGAGCAAAUGCAGCGCGCUUAUGAGGAUUGCGAGGACUACUGGCAGUCGAAGCUCAGCGACGAGCGGCAAAUGUUCGAGAAGGAGCGCCAGAUCUACGAGGACGAGCAGCACGAGAGCGACAAGAAGUUCACCGAGCUGAUGGAGAAGGUGCGCGAGUACGAGGAGCAGUUCAGCAAGGACGGCCGCCUGUCGCCCAUCGAUGAGCGCGAUAUGCUGGAGCAGCAGUACGUGGAGCUGGAGGCGGAGGCAGCCCAACUGCGCUCGAACUCCCGGCAAAUGCUGGAGGAGAAGGCCCAGGAAAUCAGUUCGCUGCAAUCGGAGAUCGAGGAUCUGCGACAGAGAUUGGGCGAGAGCGUGGAAAUCCUCACGGGUGCCUGCGAACUCACCACUGAAUCGGCGGCUCAAUUGAGUGGCGGGGGAAAGAACCCGACCAUCUCGCCCAUCAAUUACCUCUGGCUGCAGAGCACCAUCCAGGAGCCGGCGAAGUCCUUGGGCGACUCCAAGGAGGAUGCCGCCGCCAGUGCCAUCGAACUGCUGGGAGGCUCACCAUCGCACAAGUCGGCCAGCCGCAACAACCUCACCACUUCGGAGACAUCCAUCUUCAGCACCACACCCUUCGAGAGCUCUGCCUCGGGUCCCUCGACCGCAAAUAGUGGCACCACAAACGUCUCGGCCGCCAAGUCCGCUCCGCUGCCCAUCAGCAAACCCAAGAGGGCGCAGAGUCCACAGCAGGCUCCAUCGGAGGGAGAGAUCGCCGACUGUGAGACCUCGUCGACGACGUCCAACAAGAGCUUCGAAUCCAGCAGCAAGACAUCUUGCCUUAGCCACGAAAAGUGCAGCAGGUCGUCGGCAUUGAAGGAGGAGCUGAAGCGCCUCAAGUUCUUCGAGCUGUCGCUCAAGGAGCAGAUCAAGGAUUUGAGCCUGCAACGCGACGGUUUGGUCAUGGAACUGCAGCAGUUGCAGGAGGCGCGUCCCGUGCUCGAGAAGGCUUAUGCGCGAACUACGCAUCCAACGCUUCAGCAGCGACUGAACCAAUUGGAGCUGCGAAAUCGCCAUCUGCAGAAUGUCAUCAAGCAGCAGCAGCAGUACUCAGAGUCCAUGAUGCAGCAAUCCUGGAGGCAGCAUCAAGUGGAGCUCAAUGAUCUGCACGGCCGCAUCGAAACCCAAGGCGCGAUGCUGGCCGAUCAAACACAGCGCCUGCAGAAUGCCGACAUCCUGGUGAAGGAUCUGUAUGUGGAGAACUCCCAUCUGACUGCCACGGUGCAGCGGUUGGAGCAGCAGCGAGCGCGGGUCAACUUGAUCCACCAGCAGCAGCAGCAGCAGCUAAUCGUGUCCAGUGGACUGCCAGGGGUGCCUUAGUUCGAUCCUCGGGACAACGGAUGCACUUUAACGCUGAAGAGAAGGAAACGGAAACAAAAACAAAAGGAGAAACUGAAACGGGUGCUCAGCAUCAGCAGACAACGAACAUCAUGCACCGAUAUCGAUAUGGAUGACAACUCGGUAGAAUAAGUUAGCAUACUCGUCGUCGUAUUCGUACGUUGCGUUUUUUUGUGAGUGAAUGUGAAUGUGAAUAUCCAUGUUGUCCGACACGAGAGCACCGCAGCAAUAACUCACUUGACUUUGAGCCUAAACGUUAACUUGAACUUAAACUCACCCACGCGCAAAAAGGAACAAUCCACAUUAGUGUAACAAUUAACUAGUAAUCGACUAACUAGCAAACUUACAUACAUACAAAUGUAUGAACGGAAAAACUAAAACAAACCAGGCAUAUUUAUAUGGGCGAAAUUCCCACAUAUGAAAGUUCGUUCAUGUCUCACUGCAAUGUUGACCUUACUAAUUGACUACGGAAAUAGGUAUCGUAAAUGAAUUAUAUUAGAUGAAACAGUAUUUUAAAUUUGUUAUGCGUCUGAGUAGGCGAGCACGUUUAUCAAUGUUUACCACGUGCCCAACCAAAUGCAUCGGAAUUGUUGUUAAUUUUAUUGGUAGAUGAAGUGAAAUCAAACGAAAAAAACAAAUGAUCUAUGAUAUUACUAUAUAUUAUGUAACGACAAAAGACCUGUAAAAAAAACUUAUGUAUUUAAAUUGCGAUUUAAGUUAGCCAAUUUCUUUCGAUAUUGCUUUUGCAAAUGCUAUUUUUUGUUAAACCUCUUCGUCCCAAUAACUCACUAUAUUUAUAUGUAAAAACCUCGAUUUAGUUACUUGCCACUCGAUUCACUUUGAUGUGUGGUCAUCAGUGCUUCAAUCAAUACCUUCGAUCAAAAUAUGUAAAGCUUACUUUUUAAAAGUAUAAAAGAUUAAUACAACCAAAAAAACCAAAUAUACAUUUAUUAAAAAAAUCAA